AUGGGCAAGAAGAGGAAACAUGCUGAAAAUACUGACUUUGAAUAUGACCCCAUACCUAGACAUUUAGUUACAUCCCAUAUAAAGAAGCAAGAAAAACGUUUAAUUGUGGUAUUAGAAAGUGCGCAGUUAGAAACAGUAAAGAAUGGGAACAGUUUUGAAUUACUAAACUGUGAUGAUCAUGCUAAUAUUUUAAGGAAAAAUGAUAGAGAUCCUGGUUCAUGCCGUCCAGAUAUAACUCACCAGUCUCUCCUUAUGUUAAUGGAUUCUCCUCUUAAUCGGGCUGGACUCUUACAAGUAUACAUACAUACAGAAAAAAAUGUGCUCAUAGAAAUCAACCCUCAGACAAGGAUACCUAGAACUUUUAAAAGAUUUGCUGGAUUAAUGGUUCAACUCUUACACAAGUUCUCAAUUCGAGCAUCAGAUGGACCAAUGAAACUGCUUAAAGUAAUUAAGAAUCCGAUUACAUCACAUUUACCAGUUGGGGUGAAGAAGAUCACUAUGUCAUUUAGUUCUAAAAUGGUUCAGACAUGCAGAGAAUUAGUUCCUAAGGAUGAGCCAAUUGUUUUGAUAAUAGGAGCAAUGGCUCACGGAAAGGUGGAUGUAGAUUAUUCAGAAGACACUAUUUCCAUCAGUAAUUACCCACUAUCAGCAGCCUUGACAUGUGCUAAGUUGUGUUCUGCAUUUGAAGAAGUAUGGGGAGUCGUUUAA